GUCUUCACAACCGAGCAGUUUGUUUUGUUCUGAAAUCGUCAUAAAAGUAACGUUUAUUUAGUCUCGGAUAACUUCGCUGCGAUAUCUGUUCCUAAAUUUGCUGACUAAACCGGGCUGUGCGAAAAUUACCGAACAGAAUUGAGUGCGAUGUGUACGUUGCAUGGUGCGAAACCACCCUAGCCAAUUUACGACAUAAUUCGGCUUUAUUUGCGCUAGGUGAUUAGGUACCUACUUACAGAAUCACAUUCACGCGCGGAGACUGUGUCGGACUGUGCUUUGUUCGUCUGUUCGGAAAGAAAGCCGGUUUGUUUGGAAUGUCACAAAUUUCAUCACCUACCAACGUGAACGGCGUGGUGCCGCCCGAAAAACGAUUCCCGGUCCAAUUCGAAGACGCCCUCGAUCAGGUAGGCUUUGGAAGGGUUCAGCUGGAGACGACGCUGCUCUGCUGUCUGAUUGUUAUGGCGACCAUCUGCGAAACGAUGGGAAUUAGUGUGAUUUUACCGGCGGCCAAGUGCGAUCUGGGAUUGGAAACCGGCAACCAAGGCAUACUGAGUGGAUCGACGUUUCUGGGGAUCGUAGCAGCGUCGUAUUUUUCCGGCUAUCUAUCCGAUACGCAGGGUCGAAAGAAGGUAAUGCAGUAUGCGUUGUAUGCUGCGGCGGUAUGCGCAGUGGCUUCCAGCUUCACGAAUGACUUUGUUUCACUUUUGAUACUGAGACUGAUGGCGGGUGUUUGCUCAUCGGCUCCUUCGGCAACGAUCUACGCGUACCUAGGAGAGUUCUGUUCACCUUCGAAGAGGGCUCAGGUCAUUGUUUUCACUUCGGUGUGGGCCAUGGGCACCAUGAUUUAUAUUGCACUCGUCGGAUGGUGGAUCCUUUCGUACGAUUGGAGUUGGGCGAUCGCGCCGGACUACCACUACCAACCAUGGCGUUUGCUGUUCAUAGUUUACACCAUUCCGGGAUUGUUGGCAGCCUUUUUGUUUAGAUUCUUUCCAGAGAGUCCUAAAUUCUACAUGGCACAGGGAAGAAUCGAUCGUGCCUUGGAAGUUUUGAAGCAUUGUUACCAAAAAAACAAAGGAUCUCUGAAAGGAUUUCCUAUUUCAGUGUUAAUCCCCGAGAAAGAGUUGUCUGCUGGGAAACUUGGAAUAUUCCGUUCCUUAUGGCAGCAGACGGCUCCGCUGUUUAAGUGGCCAUUGCUUCUGUACUUUACUGUCUGUUGCCUGCAGCAAAUCAGUGCAUUUGCUGUGUACGGCGGAUUGGGCCUGUGGUACCCGGAACUGAUGAACCAGGUCACUUCUACCGAAGGAGAUCUUACCAUAUGUUCCGUCGUGCAAAGUACGCGCACGGUAAAUGCUUCAAAGGAUGUCUUCAAUGAGGAAGAGUGCAUGGCACAAAUCAAUACUGAAACAUUCAUCUACAUACUGGUGAUGGGAGCUUACGGUGCAGGCUGCUCGCUCGUAGUUACGCUUUUGCUGGGAAAGAUCAACCAACGCGUUAUGCUGGUAAUUAACUUUCUUAUUGCAGCCGCUGCCGGUAUCAUACUGCAGUUCGUGACGAAUCGUUAUGCCAUUGUCGUACUGUUUUGCACCGAGGUAGUCCUGGGCGGGUUGUCAAUGGUACUAGUGAAUACGUCGUCAGUUUCGAUCUUCCCCACCCACGUUCGGGCGAUGGCCGUUUCGCUUAGUAUGAUGAUGGCACGAUUGAGUAGUUUCACCUUCAGCAGUGUUGUUGGUUUUGUGAUGGUGGAUAGCUGCGUGGCGACACUGUAUGUGUUCUCGGCUAUUCUGAUAUUUGGAGCUUCGUUGACCGUAUUCUUGCCAAGGUAGGGCCAAGUGACUUACAGUUAUUGGUGUACACUAAGUAGUCCUUGCUUUUAACGUAUUUUAUUUGGUAAUUUCUCUCAAUAAAUACAAUCAA